GCCCGAGCGAGAAGAUGGCGAAGACGUACGACUAUCUGUUCAAGCUGCUGCUGAUCGGGGACUCGGGCGUGGGGAAGACCUGCCUCCUGUUCCGCUUCUCGGAGGAUGCCUUCAACACCACCUUCAUCUCCACCAUCGGAAUUGAUUUUAAAAUCAGAACGAUAGAGCUAGACGGAAAGAAAAUCAAGCUCCAAAUAUGGGACACGGCAGGCCAGGAAAGGUUCCGAACAAUCACAACAGCCUACUACAGAGGAGCCAUGGGAAUUAUGCUGGUGUAUGACAUCACAAAUGAAAAAUCUUUUGACAACAUUAAAAACUGGAUAAGAAACAUUGAAGAGCAUGCCUCUUCGGAUGUAGAAAGAAUGAUCUUGGGUAACAAAUGUGAUAUGAAUGACAAAAGACAAGUAUCAAAAGAAAGAGGAGAGAAGUUAGCGAUUGAUUAUGGGAUUAAAUUCUUGGAGACGAGUGCAAAAUCCAGCAUAAAUGUAGAGGAGGCAUUUUUUACACUUGCAAGAGACAUUAUGACGAAACUCAACAGAAAAAUGAACGACAGCAGUUCUUCGGGAGCGGGUGGACCGGUGAAAAUAACAGAAAAUCGAUCAAAGAAGAGUAGUUUCUUCCGCUGCGCACUACUUUGAUGAACUUGUAAUGAUAGACUGCAGCAUACCUAGGAGAACCUUUACCGCUUCUCUGCAAGCACACCCAGCUUCAGAGAAGCAAUGCCACCAAGCUGCUGCUGAGAGCUCCGUUGAACUUAGACUUCUUAAAAUGCCAAGUGGAUGUCAGCUUGAUGGCCUAUCAACCCCGCCAGGCUCCCUUUACUGAAAACAUGGAAGCAAAGAAGUGGAGAGACAUAUGCAGGAAUUAACUUGGUUUUUUUUUUUCUUGGUUUCUUUGUUUCAUCGCCUAUUGCAAAAGCUGCUAUAUUUCUUUUAACUUUGCACAUCAGUGUUAGCCUUUCUUUACCUGUUACUGCACAACAUCACACUUACACUUGCACAGUUUUGUCUUGUGAAAUUCUUAACAGUUUAUUGCAUUGCGGGGGGGGGGGGGGGGGUAUUUUCUAGAGGCAAAAUCGACAAUGUGAGAAAGGUUAAUUCACUAGAAUUCUGAUUCACUUGACCUUGUUCAGAAAGACGUGAUUGCAGCUUCAGUUCAUUUCUACAUAAGGGCUCGGGUGUCAUUUGUUGAAAAUCAGUGUUAAACACUAAUGUGAUUUAAUUUUUUCAAUUAAGAAAAUGCACUAAUUUGUCUAUAUAGAAAGUUCACAGAAAUUUUUCUGAGUGGAAGGGAUUUCUUAACCCUGUUCUUUUUACCUCUGAGGUAAGCUGGGUAUAGUAUGUUUUUCUUAAUAAGUAUCUUCUCUGCCUAAUCUUUAGUCACCGCCUUUCAAAAACAUCCACUCAAUCUAUUUUAGCUUUCUUUUAGUUCAUAUUUAGGACUCUUCUUUGGACCUACGUUCUUUAACGCCAUUAAAAUAUUCUUGGAUUUUUGUGUGUUUUUAUAGCUAUGAUACCUCCUUGAUCUGAAAUCUUGCAUCAGUAGAGGUAUGGGUACUUUGUUUAUGCUAAAUCUGCCUAUUGAACUAAUAAAAAUUCUCCCUGUAGUUUUGCCUCCUCAAUGUCAUAGCUGGAGCAUUCAUCUUUACUGUAACCACUGGCAGUGAUGCUUGGUAAGAAUUAGUCUCCUGUCCAGGUUUGAUAGCUCUUUAGUAUGGAAUACAACCUGUUGAGAUUAACUACAGUCUGAGAGUUUUUGAAAGAGGACAACUUUUUUGUUUGAGGCCUUUUUUUAGUAUAAAUGAUUGAACUCUGCCGCUUCUGGUGGUUAUGCCCUUUCAAUAAAGGAAACAUGAACAUUUUAGUUUUAGAGCAACUCUUGUUGAAUGUGUAAAAACUGGGUCCAUUUACUCAGGUUUUAGGCUAUAGAACAUACUGUUGCCAACCAGAAGGUCACUUGACAUGGUAAUUCGAACUUGAUAUAUCCUUUACAGUGUAUAUUUUUUCAAAUCUUUCCAUGGAUGAGAAAUAAGAGAAUAAGGGUUUUAAUGUUUGGCGAUGCACCCGAUUCAGACCGACAUAAUCAAAUUGGCAAACCUAACACUGUCAUCAGUGUUUGUGCUAGACUAUUUAAAGGGAAGUGGAAGACGGGUGAGGAGAUGAAAUGGGUCUUUCGUAAUUUCCUAACUCUUUUUUUUUCCUUCGAACUCUUUCUAUAUCAUCUAGAAGGAAUAUAAUAAUGUAAUCAUUGAUAGCUGAUAGUAGAAAUAGUGGAUUUGGUUAUCGCAGGUAACUGUUUCAGUUAGGGAGUGUGAUUAGAAUGCUUUGGUCAUUAACCUUUCUCACAUUUUGAAACGUAUAAACAGGCCAUCAAAAUUAAUAAGGGACCUUCCAUUUCUGUUGGGCUUCUAAUUAUGUUGCAGAAAAUCUUCAGCCUCACUGACUUUCUAAUCAGUUUUGGAUUUUAAAUGACUCCAAACAUGUGUUCUUAAUGCUAAAUCCCAUAUAAUAAAGUGCUCUUUGUAAUUCGAUUGUGGUUUACUAUUAUUCAGACUGAUUUUUGACCAGAAUAAAAGCUGUCUACAUUUAGCAUUUUAUGAAAUUGGUAAACGUAGUUACAUUUUCUGCAAAAGUGUUUUCUAAUAGAGCAAGCAUUAUGACACCAUUUAUUGUGAAUGUAAUUCUCUUUCAGUAAUUUACCUCUGAUUAUUUGGUGUCCUAAUGCUUCAACUUUAUCUCAGGGGUUGUCUGCGAACCAAAACUGACAUACUGACAUAUUCUGUGUUUGGCUUUUUUUUUUAUGAACAGAAUGCUUUUGCUCUUGUUGUACAUGUCAUAUCUCUCCUUUAUUUUUGGUUCCUGUAUAUAUUAAAACAUAGUCUCCAUGAACUUCCCUUUGAAAGAGCCUGAAAGUAGUAAGUCUAAAAGGGCUUUUUGAGGUAGCAGCAAAUUUGGUACAUCAGCUCUCUUGUAUAAAAAAAAUUUAAAAUAGUUUCUUUGCUAUUUUCUUACAUUUAGCUACGCUAAAUUGUAUAUAAAUUUGAGGUGAGACCAUAGGAAAUUCACUUUAUGCAUGGUAAAAUGAUGCAGUAAAUAUUUCACUUCGCUUAAUAAUGUUCAUAUAGUGCAUUAUUUUUUCUAUUCGUAGAAGGAUUUGUGAAAGAUAAUUUUGUCUGUUCCCUGCUGAAACUGAAAAACUAGUUUCGUGUGAACAUUUUGUGGUCUUAAGGUAAAAUAAAAAAAAAAUCGCAGCAGUAUUAAGUGGUUCCUUGGCUGCACUUUAUAAUCAGUGUGCUCCUCCUUUUUAUAAUGGUUGGUGUAGACUUUUCCACAUACAGCCGGAGUGCCAGACAAUGAAAAAUGUGUUGUAACUAAGUAGCAUGUAAAUCAGCUGAUAGCGUUCCCUUUUGCUGAGAUCUUAUUUUAGCUAUACUUUGCAUUUGCAAACAGUUAUUGGUAUGUUUUACCAGUCCAUCUGUUAAUAGACCCUGGCGAUUUCCUUACAGCGUCUGUUGUUAACUUCAGACUAUAAUCUUUACUUUGAAGGAGUCUUUUUUUUUUAACUAUACCUCAGUAGCUAGUAUUCUAAUAUCCAGUAGAACAAAGGUGAGCCGACUAUUACGCAUCCUACAAAGUAGAAGGUGUAUGUUUUGAGUGAUCUAAAGGCAUCAUUAGCCUUUGGGCAAAGAUGGGUGUUUCUUCUUAUUAAGAAUAGAGCCUACAUUUCCUGCAAAAAUAAAAAAAAAAGAAGUGUUUCCCAUCUUUUUAAGUCUGUCUGUGCAAUAUAGAUAAACUUAACUUUCAAGAUUUCUCAGUAACAAAAGAUACAAAACAAAACUUCAAUUUAUAAAUGAUAACCUUUUAGAAUCUGAACUAAAACUAUCAAAGCUUUUUCAGCCCGUGACUUAAAUGACAUAUAUAUAUGUAUAUAUAUAUAUAUGGGGCAAUUUUUAAAAUCCCUGAUUAAUGUUGUUUAGUUUGUAAUCUUUUAAGGCAGGUUUUCAUGCUUAAAUUUACAUUUUAAACCCCCUUUUUGUAGGUUGAUUCAUUAGUCUCUAAUGGCUUCUUUAAUUCUCAUAGUUGCCAUUUUUUAUUUUUUUUUUAUGGACAGGACAAUUCUUGUUCCUUUUAAGAGAAAAAAGAUAUCUUACCGUAAAACCAAAUGAACCUUCAGAUCCUCUGAAAACUUCCUAAUGGCAGUUGGGUGGAUGGAAUUAUUAUGAGUCUAUUUAGAUUAUCCAAAUUGUUAUUUUACUAACCACGACAAUUCAUCUUUAAUCUGAUUUUGUAAUUUUGAGUGAAGUUUGUAGGAAGAGUUGAAGGAUUAAUUAUUAAUAAUUGUAUUUAAAGACUUCUGUUCAUCCCUUGGGAUAUGUGUGCCAUAUCUGGUCUUUUUAGAUGUAACUUGAAUUUCAAGAUGUCAAGAAAAAGCAGAACUUCCCAUUUCAUUUUCUUAGUUUUCGAUGAAUUUCAUUACUGUGGUGCAUUCCUAUGGCCUUACAAAUGGGUUGGGUUUUUGGUUUGCCACUGACACUGCUAGAAUAAGACUGCAGUGUUCAGGUAACUGAAUAUCUGUCUGAAAAGCACGACCCUAGGGAGAAAUGCUUGAUUUUUUUCAAUAGAUUCCUCCUACAAUGUGUGUUUAAGCACAUUUUAUCUCUGCUCCAAAGGCUUAAUGUGAAAAGCUCCUGCAGAUAAAGUGGACUCUUGUCAUGUGGUUAACUUGUAUAAAUCUAAUCAUUAAUUUGUGUACUGAUACUGAUGCUGUGUUUUAAAAAAAAAUAGAUUUUAUUAUUCAUGUGAAUUUUUUUUACAACAAUGUGUCUCAAAUAAAAAUUACAUAAUGAAAGUAUUCAUAGCUUUCUGUACAAAAUACA